AUGCCUCUCGACGAAGAAGGAGCCAAAUGGUCUUGUGAACCAUGCAUCCGCGGCCACCGAUCCUCCAAAUGCCAGCACUUCGACCGGCUCAUGAUGAAAGUUCCCAAAGCAGGGCGGCCACUGGCAAAGUGCCCUCACCCCAAGGGAACCUGCAGCUGCCAGAAGACCUAUGCCGUCAUGGUCCGGAUUCCGAAAGGUAAAGCUUUCCAAUCCUUGAAAGUUGUUGAAGUAUCCCUAACUCCGGCAGGCUCAGGAUGUCUUUGUCGACCACUGUACAACGUCCCCUUGGAUGCCAACGGCGAGCCACAAUCGACCCCGUCUACUAUGGCUCCAAUCGCGUCGCCCACGCCGGGCAAAAUCCAAAAGUCGGGAAGAAGGCAAAGCAGCCUCCAGGCAGCACCCGAGAACAUCGCCAAGGCCUUUGAUGCUAUGCCUGGUCCGGUCAAUCUGAAAUUCGAAAACGAUGCGACAAACCAGUUAUUCAACUUCGCAUCUCAGUCUGACUUGGAUAGCGCGCACACCUCCACCAACCACGAUAUCAGCGACCAAGCAUCAUCUGAUGCCACACAAAUCGCCAACGGCGCUCCGCAGCCGACACAACAGGGAUCCGCGUGCUGCUCCCGGAAAUCUCAGACACCUGCACCAGCCCCAAAUGGAUCCUGCUGUGGAAAAUCCGCAACUUCCUCGGCAGACGACUUCGCGCUCUCAGGCUUGCCGGAGCACAAUAAUGUCCAGCAUUCAUCAUGGGACAACAUGUCUUAUGAACAUUUUUCAGCCCCGCAGAUGUCUUCCUGGCAGACGUCUCCGCGUGGGCAAUUUAUGGAGUUCGGGAUGAAUGAAGCUCAACCUCAACCAACGUCUUACAUGAACGGACACAAACAAAAUAUGUCUACGCCACAGUCGAUGAUGUACCCAGACCAACUCUCUGGACUUGGGAUUAGUCAAACUGCCUUUCCAAUGCAGCCCCAAAACGCCUCCAACAAAACAGUUGGUGGUGAAUCCUGCACCGAGUGUAACUGUGGAGACGAUUGCCAAUGCCUAGGAUGUUCCGUGCACCCCUUCAACAAUACAACUCGACAGCACGUACAAGAAAUGGGUGUCAUUAUGACUUUCGACAGUGGUGAUCAGACCCCGGACGGCGUUGCCAGCGCCUAUCAGUCCUCGCAAUUCCCAGGAGGCACAACCCCGUUAAACCUCUCCUUCAUGCAGCACACACCCUCAAUGGAUCCUAGUGCUCAGCAGGACUACGCCUUUGAGCCUUACUCAGACCCCAGCUCUAAUCUUUCAACCGGCUAUUCUUCUCCUCUGCCGGCAAAUUACCCAUUCAGCCAGCAGUUGAUGCACCCUUCCGAGUACUACACCCUCGAAUACCCCGUUGGACUCCCAGGCGCCUGUUCCGACAUCACGGGAAGCUGUCAAUGCGGCAGCGACUGCAGCUGCGUCGGCUGUCUUACGCACAGCGGCCACAACGGCGUUCCACUGGAAUCGCCUGUCCCGGACAGAUCCGUCGCCGGAACAUCAGAGCAGCACCCUUCGUGUCAUUCGGCCCCCGCAAGCCCCUCUCAACAUCAAACGUCACGGAUCCCAGUGCUGGAUAGCAACAUUUCAGUCCCGUGUCUGAGUCCGCGCACAUUGGAGACAUCUAUGAUUUAA